UGGUAAAAAAUUAAAUUUAAUUCAUAAAAAAACAAUCAGCAAGCAUGGAGGCAGAUUUAGCGUUUGUCAUCAACGCCUUGUCCAUGCCGAACACUCAGCUGACGAGGCCUUAUAGCGCGGUGGAGCUACAGGAGAUACGCGAGUCCUUCCUUUCCCUGCAGAGACUGCUGCGCCAUAAAGCUUUGCCAGUCACAGAGACAUCCCUGUGCAUGCCGCGCUCCAAGGCUGGCGGAAACCUACCGCGGCUACCAAAGGAUAAGGUCUACCCUGCGAUGCGGGUGUCCCUUGAGCAGUCGCCUGCUCCUACCAGCAGCGACGAGGAGCACAAACAGACUGUGAGCCGGAUUAUCCGGGGCAGUGACACUUUCAGCUUCUGGAGCCUCAAUGAGGACACCUACGAAACGAGAACGACUUUGUCCGGUGACGGCAGCUCGGAGGUGGUCGUUACCAGGCGGAAGACACACACCUCCACGGUCUCCAAGGGCGCUGCGCCAAUGGAGUUGGUUUGGAGCAACAGUGGCUACACAUCGCAGAGCACGGACAGCGACACGACAAUCAGGCCUGAUGGACACCGGUUCAGUCUUCGCCAAUAAUAGUCAGAAAAA